UACUUAAUUCUUUUUUACUGUAUUUCGAGUGUAAUGGGAAAAUUAGAGUUUCUCAUGUUGGCAUUUUUAUCUUUUUUCUUGUUGACUAAGGCUUGGUCACAACAACAAGAGCCCCAAGUUCCUUGUUUUUUCAUCUUUGGGGACUCACUUGUUGACAAUGGCAACAACAAUGGGAUACUUACUCUUGCUAGGGCCAAUUACAUGCCUUAUGGCGUUGACUUCCCACAAGGCGCCACCGGUCGCUUUACUAAUGGUCGUACUUAUGUCGACAUUUUAGCUCAACUUCUUGGCUUCCCCAAUUAUAUCCCUCCCUAUGCAAGAGUUCGUGGUCGAGCACUGUUGAAAGGAGCAAAUUAUGCAUCAGGAGCAGCAGGAAUUAGAGAUGAAACCGGAAAUAACCUGGGGGAUCAUAUGCCAAUGAACCAACAAGUACAAAACUUUGGAAGAACUGUUGAGGAGCUGAGAAGAUUAUUCAGAGGAGAUAACUACACACUAAAUGCAUAUUUGAGCAAGUGUAUUUUGUACUCAGGAUUGGGAAGCAAUGACUACCUCAACAAUUACUUCAUGUCUGAUUUUUACUCAACUCAUUCACAGUACACCCCACAAGCCUACGCUGCUGCACUUCUUCAAGAUUAUUGCAAGCAAUUAUCGGAAUUAUACAAGUACGGAGGUCGGAAAGUGAUUGUGACAGCAAUAGGGCAAAUAGGAUGCAUACCGUAUCAGCUAGCAAGAUACGAUGGCAAUGGCAGCAGAUGUAAUGAAGAGAUCAACGAUGCUAUUCAACUCUUUAAUUCAGGACUUAAAAGGCUCGUUGUUCGUUUCAAUAAGGUUUUUCCUGGAGCAAAGUUCGUGUUGUUGGAUUCAUUUGAAAGCAGCAGAGAUCUUGUUCUCAAUGCAAAAACUUACGUGUUGACUAUAGGAUUUGAAGUGGUGGAUAAGGGUUGUUGUGGAGUGGGAAGGAACAAUGGGCAGAUAACAUGUCUUCCUCUUCAACAGCCAUGUGAAGAUCGUUCCAAAUAUAUUUUUUGGGAUGCUUUUCAUCCCACUGAAGUAGCAAAUAUUCUGUUGGCAAAGAAAUCAUACAGCUCCAAGUCAAAGGCAUUCGCUUAUCCAAUAAAUAUACAACAAUUGGUUAGGCUCUAAGUAGUACAAUUGUGUACCUCUUUGGGAUGCUUAUUAGCUUCAUUGCUUCUUCUUUAUUUCUUUGUUUUUCUCUCAGAAUUGUUUUAAUUGCUAUUGAAUUUCAAUGUGUGAAGGUCAUGUACUCAAACACUCCUUCUUACAAUGUGUUUCUUAUGAAUGAAAUGUUCGUAAUAUUUAAGGGUUUUACAUUGAAAAAUAUC